AUGAGCUUAAAUGACUCAUUCCCCCAGCUACCGUCAGAUGCGUCGAUGGUGAUGGAGCCAAUUGAGCAAUCUCGUGGUAAAAAGUCUACUCAGACGAGCAAGGGACGCCCAACUCUAUCCGAUGUUCUCAAGGUUGCCGACACCAUGAAAGUACGACCCCGCGCUGGAUUCGGAAAGGUCAAAAAGACACCCCAGAGGGGAUCUUCGCAACUCCGCAAGUCAGCUCGUCUUUCCAAAAUGCGCAAAGCCGAUAAGAAGCUUGAGGGUGUCUCCACCGCCAAACCGGCUGACCCCGAAGAAAUGGAGACAGAUACGCAGCUGCCUACCGAGGCAGGCAGUAGCCAACCUCAGCUUACUUCCGAGGAUUUGGAGCAACGAGAUGCAACUGAAAGAAGUCCACCCACUGAACAAGAGAUCACCGCUGCCGAGGCAAGCUUGGUUCAAUCAACCGAAGAGCAAGAAGAUGUGGUCGACUGUGGGCCCGAUCCAGUUCGUAGAUUAAAGCAUCCCGGUCUGCCACUCCCCGCCAACGAAACUCGACCUCCUAUCGUUCCCGCUGAGGAUUCUUUGCUCGCCGAGCCUAACUCUGACGAUGAGGAGAGCAACUGGGAAACUGUGCAGCCCUGGGCAGAGUCGCUUUAUCACGUAACGGAGUUACUAUACUAUUUCUUGCUUGGUUCAACUAACCGCGCUCUUAAUGACGAUAACACCAAGCUCAGAAGUUUGUAUCACUUCAUUUCCUCUUUUGUUCCAAGCUUGGUUUCAAUGUACGACCCACAAGAUACACAAAUAUCCCGCACUGUAUUGAAGGGAGUACAUCUCGAUCUUCUUGAUCCUAGCCUCCAGGAUUCACAAUUGCUGCAUCAGAAGACUUCCUCCAUGCUGAGAUUCGUUGGGGCAUUUAUGGGACGCUACCUUGAGCGAAUCUUGUAUCAAAAGCCCGAAGAUCAGACAUCUGACAGCAAGAACACACUCCAGAACAGUCUACUACCACUUGUUGAUGAGGAUGAGGUGUCUCCUUUGAUGGCUUCUCUGGAGGCUGUUUUCAACAAGAAUCUGUUGGAGAAGUCAUUAAGCGAAUCAUUAAGAAAUUUGAUCUGCUUCCACCUUCAGCGCUUAUUCCGAGUGCUUUCGCCCGAACUGCUGAAGCAAUUAUUGACUAAUAUGCCACCCAAUCUGCAGUUGUUCACGCGCGUUAACCACAUAUUGACUAAUCGAAAAGAGCCUGCUCCAACUACUAUCACCUGGUCGACAUUGCCACAUCACUUAGAGUAUCGCCGUCAGUUUUAUUCGUGGACUGCCGACAAUCAGGCUGCAAAUGAACCAGGUGACGGCUUGAUCAUUAAUUCUUUUGAUGAACCUCCUUGUAAAAUCCCUGUUGCAUCUCGGUGUGAGAUUUAUACUCUUCGUUCCUUGGAAUUUUAUGACUUGAUGUCAGGAAACAUCCAGCGAAUUCGUCAGGAGGAGCGCGAGCGAGAAGAACGAGAGAGGGAAGAACAAAGACUUCAAGCAGAGCGAUUAGCCACCGAACAAGCCGAAAAGGAAAAAGAGUUGGAAAAAGAGAGAAUUUCACGCGAGCUGGAGGAGCAGAAGAAGAUGGAGACUACGCAGCAGAAGACACUUCAGGACGCGGCGCAAGGGCAAUCAACCGUUCUUCCUGAAUCUCAGCCUCAUUAUUCGCCCACGUCUUCUAACUAUCCCCAUACUCCCAGUACAGCUUUCUCCGAUCAUGGGACCGUGCACCCUGCACCUGGUGAUUCUGAGAUGGAUAUUUUGUCCAAUCAUGGCUCCCUUGGACCAGGUCAUCACGACAUCAGUCUAGAUGAAAAUGAUGAGAUUGAUGUGGAAGGCUUGCAGAAUAACCCCGCCAGCUCCACCUCAGCUCAACCUAUUCAUUGUUACCUCGUCAUAAUUCAGGGGACUCACGCUGAAACCAUCCGUCUGCCUAAUUCUGUUGGAUUCGCAGAGGCUGCUGGAGUUCUCCAGCAUUUCCGUCCGAAUACUGCCUACCCAAUGCAGGCAGCUACCUCUGUUCAAGCCUCGGCAAGUACUCUUUAUCGUGAGCAGCAGAGUGGUGCUCCACCGAUGACUUAUAUUCCUCCUGUGCCAUCCGACAAUACCGUCCAAGGCGAUUCCCAGGCGGAGUUUGAAGAUCCUCCUGCAGUGAACUUGGAGCGAAUUGGUGUCGAGCCUGUCAAUUUUCUGCAAUUACUUCACGAUGAAACAACUGCCAUGGUAACGACUUUAUUACAGCCAACUGGUGAGCCUUCUGGAAAUAACGUCGGGCAUGUAUUUCCUGUUGAUCUGCCACCUCGUGUUUGGGGAAGGUACAGCGACACAACCGACUACCAACUGAUCUAUUUCAACGAGUUGGACAAGUCUAAAGUUCGAGUCGAGUAUAGAACGACCCCAAGUGAUGAGACUGCGUCUAUUCGUCUCGCUUUGAUAACGGCAACUCAACUGUUGCCUUCCCCUGCGACUAGCGUCGAGAAACACAAGUGUAGAGUUGUUGCAUUCCAAGAGUAUUUCAAGACUGUUGGAGACUCACCCCAAGCACAACUCCCCGCUGAUCUCGCCAAGAAAAUCAAGGGUGCUAGAGUGGUUGGUGGAUACUCUUCAUGGCUUCAUCAUUUCAAGACUGACUUGCCCAAUUAUGAGAAUCGUAACCCUGAUGAACCCACGCCUCUACCUUACUUGUCUCAACCUGAUCUUUUCGAUAAAGCUUAUCAUGAUCAUGUGACAAUGGUCGCUCCCUUUUCUCGAACAGACCUCACUAAAGCCCCUGUUAUACUAGGAAAGCUUUUAAAGGACGAGGCUAUUGCUACACUCCAAGCGAAAAUGGAUUUCUACUACUUCCAGAAUCGCCAAACAAGGUUCAAGGCAGCAUUGUGCAAUGAUAUCGCGCUUCAAGCCAUACCUUCCACUUGGUGUCGUUCUGAGCCCUCAGCCGACCGUGCUUCCUGGCGUCAGCCCAUAUGCAGUUCAAUUCGAUGCGUUACUGCAGGACCGUGCUUGUUGAGGCAUAGCACCGUUGUUGCUGGUUUGACCGAAUCAAUACUGCCGGUUCUGCACUCCAUCGCCGAUCGCUUGUACCAUGUAGCGAAACACGGCAGACAUCGGCUGUUGGUCGAGAGUCUCGAUGAUUUUGAUCUUGCUUACAAAAUGGAGCAAAGUUUAUCGCUCCUCGGCGAGUCUUUAUUUGACUCCCAUACCUUCGUCGCGCCCACUCAUCCUCAAUUAGUGAAUCACGGCCAGGCCCCAAGCAAUCUCGUUGUUGGACAGUCGCUGCAUUUCGGGACCCUUGGAGAAUAUCUACGAGUUCAUUUUCCUGCUCCACUCAAGUCGGAGAACAGCGAGUUUCACUCCCGCUAUCUUCAACAGUAUGGCCAAAUUAUGUCUUUGUUGAGCUGUUUGGGUUUCCGCGUUGUGUCACAACCGUCUUCUGGUGAUCUAUUCGUCCUAAUGACUGAUGUAACUGCCAGUCACUGCGCCAGACUCAUGUCCUACUUCACCGAGAUUUCAAGGCUCGAAAAGAAGUAUUGCGAUAAUAGCUUCACCCGGGAGGAGUCCAACCUGCCUAAGCUGAGUGUUGAUUCAGCAUUACCAGCCUGUCUUUGCUCCACCGAGUAUCCUUCGAUAGUAUUAAGACCCGAUACACAUCCCAGUUUACAGGAGGUUUGCCACACCGCGUUUCAUUCCUUUCUUCGAUCUGUGCGUCGCGACCCACAAUAUGGCUUCAAUUCUGAGUUGUAUUCCAACCUCAGGAGAGCGAGAACUUUUUACACACUACACGACAAUCCUACCGAUCUUGGAUUGUUUCAUGAGGAUCGCCAGAAGUAUCUGGACAAGCUGGUCCAUUACUUCCAUACUCCCGGCUGCUCGGAGGUUGCAUUGGAGACCAUAUUGUUUCCACUGGAGCCAAACAAGACGUUCCACAACACCUGCCAGCAUCGAUUCUGUUUCAUGCGAUGCCACGCAAAUCAGGCUGGAUAUCGUAGGAUGCUGACUGUUCUAUCAUCUCAGAGAACAUUGGAAAAGACCGACGACCGAUUCCGUGGUUUAUCUGCCAAGUACCUUACGAUACUGAAUAACCCAGUGGAACCAGAAAGGACUGGGCAGACGAGUGCUAAUUGUGUUAUCGGCCUUGAGCUCCCCACCACUUACUUGGAUCGCCUUUUUAAGGAUAUGGGCUCUCCUUUCUACCACGAGAGUAAGCAUGUGGCUGCACAAAUGGAGCCUACUCCUCUGCUGAAGGCCUUUCUCAAGUACGGAUGGAGCUUAACAGAGCUCAGUAGACUUGGGACAAUUUACGGCCGCCGGGUAUUGGGAGUGUUUCUUCGUCAGAGUAAGUCGAACAAGCGUCGGAACACACACCCCCGAGUCCCUCUACUCAACAGUCACUUCUUCCCGAUGACACCAGACAGCUCACCGAUGCUUCUUUCACCUCGACAAAGCCACCCGGUUGGUUUGGAUGUCAAGUAUCUAUCCCUGCUUGAAUCUGUAAAGAUUCCCGCUGCUCGAAAGUAA